AUGGGACGUUACAGAACUGAAGGCGGCAGUGAUGUCGAGUUCGGGUUCCUGCGGCCGGAGUUCCGGCAGGGCCCGCUUGUAGGGACGGUGCAGAUCUAUGAGAGGCACGUGUUCCUCUGCUACAAGAAUCCGCAGGUGUGGCCACCACAUGUUGAGGCAGCGGAAUUUGAUCGGCUUCCAUGGCUGUUGUCGGCGGCCAUGACUGCAAGGAAGGGCGAGAUGAAGAAGCUGACCCGCUUAACCAUAUGUGAGGGGCAUGAUGGCACCGAGACAUCAAAUGGACAUGUAUUGAUCUUUCCAGACAUGAUUAGAUACAGGGGAUUGACGCAUUUUGAUGUCGACACAUUUGUGGAAGAAGUACUCGUGAAAGACAUUGAAUGGCUACCUGGAACAUCUGAAACUCUAAAGGGUUCAUGCGUUUUCGUAUGUUCUCAUGGGAGCAGAGAUCGGAGAUGUGGUGUUUGUGGUCCUGCUCUCAUUACGAAAUUCAAAGAAGAGAUAGAUGCACGUGGCCUGCAAGGUCAAGUGUCUAUCAGCCCCUGCUUACAUAUUGGGGGCUAUAAAUAUGCAUGGAAUGUCAUUAUAUUUGGUCCAAAUCUCGAUGGAGAACUGCCAGGUCAUUGGUAUGGGUAUGUCGCUCCAAAUGAUGUCCCAGUUUUGCUUGAACAACAUAUUGGCCGAGGAGAAAUUGUAGAUGCACUAUGGAGGGGUCAGAUGGGUUUGUCGGAGGAGGACCAAAAGAAGGCCCAGGACCUCAGAUUUCGACUUAAUGAAGAAACCAAUGCAGAGAAAAGUGCAAAAGAAUUUACCCAAGCAGUUGAGAUUGGAAGCAACGUGAAUGAGACCCAGGCUGAUGUGGUUGGAUGCUGCCAAGGUGCCGGAAACUCUUCUUGUUGCCAGAAUUCUAGUCCAAAGGAAAAAAUUAAAAGCAAUCAAGUCAAUGGAGAGGGGGUGAAGAGCAACAAAGUAAGAGCAAGCAAUAGUGGCAAAGGGGCUUGCACUCGCAAGGCGUGUGCAAUGCCAACAUGGUUUGAGAGUUGGGAAUGGGAGGACACAUAUGCAGCCCUUGCAGUUGUUGGGGCAGUUGUGUCAGUCGCCAUAGCUUACAGCUGUUACAGGCAGUUGAGAUAAGAAGUCUUCACCUUCAAAAGCUAUAGUAGGUAAGAUUUAUUUAUUUAUUUUUUUUCUUUGUUUUUUGUAUUGUGUUCCACGUUACAUAGGGCCCAUGUAUUCAAAUGGUAGAAUUUGGUUGUAGUUUGUGUAUGAUCCAUAGAAAAUGAAAGAGAAGAAGUCCAAUCUUUCUAGAAAAUAGGUAACUAAGUUACAUGACUUGGGUUAUGAUCUUUAUUGCAAUUAAUUCAAAAAUCCCAUGUUUGCUUCUA